GGGACGAGGGGGGGGAGUUGCUGCGGCGGCGGCGGGCCCUUUAACGGUGGGCGGGCCGGUGCCGAGCAGCGGGAGGAGGGUCGCAGACCGCCGUCCCGGGCCCGGACACUCUGACCUUGCCCGGCGCUGCGAUGGUGCUGCGGAGCGGGCUGCUGGAGGUGCGGAGCCCGGAGCCGGAGCCCGAGCGCUGGCGGCGGCUCCUCGCCUCCCUGUCCGAGGACUCGCUGCGCCUGAGCCCGGCCGGAGGGGCGGGCGGCCCCGCGCUCAGCAACGGCGAGCCCGAGGCGGAGCCCCCGGGCCCCGGGGCGGAGCCCGGCUCCGGCCGCAAGCGCACCGUCCGCAUCGUGAAGCAGGAGUCCGGCGGGCUCGGCAUCAGCAUCAAGGGCGGCCGCGAGAACCACAUGCCCAUCCUCAUCUCCAAGAUCUUCCGCGGCCUCGCCGCCGAGAACAGCCGCCAGCUCUUCGUCGGAGACGCCAUCCUGUCGGUGAACGGCACCGACCUGCGGGACGCCACCCACGACCAGGCGGUGCAGGCGCUGAAGAAAACGGGCAGGGAGGUGGUGCUGGAAGUGAAGUACCUGAAGGAAGUGUCGUCCUACUUCAAGAACGCGUCCCCAGGGUCCCUGCUGUCCUGGGAUUCCUCCAGUCCCACCAACGGCUCAGGCUCCCCACCAUCCCCUGGAUCCCAGCCCGGAGACCCCGAGCAGGAGCAGACCAUCCCCCUAAAAAUGUGUUACAUCCGAAGGAAAACCAGGCCGCCAGACCUGGAGAGCAGGUACAUCGACCUGUCCCCGGCGGACGGCAGCUCCUCGGUGUCUCUCCGGCUGAAGGAUGGUGCUGCCGCCCACUCCUGGUUUGGGGCUCUCCACGGUAACGCCGCCGCACUGCUGCCCAGGGUGAAGUCCGAGCUCCGGGCGCUGGGGGGCUCAGCCGGGAUCGCGGGUAGCGUGGAGCUGAGGCAUGUGGGCUGGCUGACGGAGCAGGUAUCCGGUGAGGUGGAGAGGCCGGUCCUUGCUGUCCUCACUGAGAAGGAGCUGCUGCUGUACAGCUGCCUGCCGCAGACCAGGGAACAGUUGGACAACCCUGCCUCUCGGCACCCACUCAUUGCCACCAGGCUGGUUCACUCCGGGCCUGCCAAGGGGCCGCUGCUGGCGGACACAGACCUGUCCUUCGUUCUGAGGGCUGGCACCAGGCGCGGGGUGGAGACGCGCCUCUUCUCCGCGGCAACGCCCUCCGACCUCAGCCUGUGGACCCGGCUGCUGGUGGACGGUUGUCACAGUGCGGCCGAGCUGGUGCAGGAGGUGGUGACUGCGUGUACCUGGAACGGACGGGACUGUAAGCUGGGAGUCCAUCUGGACAAGGGUUUCACCAUCUACCACGACAGCCCCGACAAGGGCCGGCCUCAGACCCUCCUCAGCCAGCCCUUCGAGAAGCUGCGCAUGUCUUCUGAUGAUGGCGUCAAAGUGCUGUUCCUGGACUUCGGGGGUCCCGAAGGGGAGAUUCAACUGAACCUGGAGUCCUGCCCCAAGACCAUAGUUUUUAUCAUUCAUUCAUUCCUGGCGGCCAAGGUGACCCGUCUCGGCCUACAGGCCUAGACAGCCCGUGCCAAGUGCCUGUCGGAGGGGGAGGGACGGAGAUGGAGGCAGCUUGUCCACCCCAUCCCCUCCCCCCCGUCCGCAAUCAAACCACAUGAAGAAGUAACAGGAACAAGGCUCUCCACGCCUGCUAACUACUGCUGCAGUUAUCGAUGCCAAGUUUUCUAAAAAGAUGAAGCAAAAAUUCACCUUUUCUAUAGUAUAUGCAAAUAAAAUUCUUCUAUGUACAUCUCUAGUGCUGAAUAUUUUAAGGUAGGAAUGUAUCGGGAUUGUUCGAAGAUCGUGCUUUACUCUCUGCGUUCAAACAUCGCCUGCGUGACGCAGUUUUACCCAGGGUGAGGUGAAACAUUCCCGGUGCCCCCUCAGAGCCCACAGAGAGGUUUUGAUUUUGCAUUUACAUAAACCUCUGCACAUGGAUGUGCUGAGUCUGUCAAUGUUUCCAAGUGCUGGGUGCCUGCUUCCCAUUGGCUCGGGUCACUGUUCCAUGUGGGCAGGUGGCAGCUCAGGGCCCCUGUACCCCACCACCAUAUGUCCCCACACAUGCGUGGCCUUGUACUGCCCGCUGUGCAGCGAGGGACUCGGGUUUCCUCCGCACAGUCUGUUUCCAAAGGUGGGGCAAGGGUCUGGUCCAAGGAGCUGGGCUCCUCCACACUGGAGGCUGCAGAUAUUCCCAACGUCCAGGGGCAGCCGGGAGUAAUUCCAACACUUUCCCUGAGGUUGUAUCUCUCAACAAGCUUUGUACAUUAUAUCCUUACUAAUUUAAGAAUGAGCUUUGCCAGUGAUGCUGUAAAUACCUCAGAUGUGGAAUUAAAACUAAGACGUUUAUAAUC